CGUAUAGGUUCUCAUUUCAGUAAUAUUUUAUUAACCAUUUGUGGUCAUUAUGGAAAGUCGUGAUUUUGACUUUGUCAUAUUUGGAGCGAGUGGCUUCACUGGGAAGUAUGUGGUGCAAGAAGUUUUCAAGCAUUGCAAAACAGAUGGUAUUACAAUGGCUGUGGCAGGGAGAAACAGAGACAAACUCACUAAAGUAAUUUCUACUGCAGUUGGUGAAAACGAAGAUGAAAUUCAGGUGGAGGUUAUUAUAGCUGAUGUGAAGGAUUUUCAGUCACUUGUUUUGAUGUGUAGCAGGGCGAGGGUGGUACUAAACUGUGUGGGGCCGUAUCGAUUUUUCGGAGAGCCAGUGGUCAAGGCAUGCGUGGAAGCAAAGACAAAUUACGUCGAUAUAUCUGGAGAACCACAGUUUUUGGAGAACAUGCAGCUUAAGUACGAUGAAGCUGCUAAAGAAGCUGGGGUUAUAAUUGUUGGGGCUUGUGGGUUUGACAGUAUUCCAAGUGACUUGGGUGCUGUGUUUACUCAGCAACAGUUCCAAGGCACUCUAAACAGCAUCAAAGCUUACCUGUCAGUUAAUGCAGGACCUUCAGGAUAUGGUUUUCACUUUACCACGUAUGAAAGUGCUGUUCAUGGAAUCUCAGAUGUGAAAAGUCUGUCCAAAAUAAGGAAACAAUUUGGACACAAACCACUCCCAACUGUAGGACCAAGAAUGAAACGUGAAGGAUUCAUGCAUUAUUUAUCUUUCGCGCAGAGUUACUGCAUUCCGUUCCUUGGUGCAGAUGCUUCUGUUGUCAAACGCUCACAGCGUUACUUCUGUGAAGAAUUAGAUGAACCUCCUACUCAAUACUCCAUGUACAGUUGCAUUGGCUCCAUGUGGAAUAUUUUCCUUAUGAUGGUUUUUGGAGGAAUUUUCAAGUUCCUCGCUAUGAGAUCCUGGGGCAGGUCCCUGCUUCUAAACCACCCAAAGUUUUUUACACUUGGUUUGUUCAGCCAUGAAGGUCCAACUAAACAGCAGCUUAAAGAAUCAUCUUUCAACAUCGUAAUGUUCGGGGAGGGUUAUCCUACUGGCUCCUUUGACUCAAAUAAAAAACCGAAAAAGAAAAUAACAGUAAAAGUCUCAGGUCCUGAACCAGGUUAUGUGGCGACGCCCAUUGCUAUCGUCCAAUCAGCUCUCUGCAUUAUCCAGGAGAAGCAGAACCUGCCAAAACGAGGAGGUGUCUUCGCUCCAGCUGCUGCAUUUGGAAAAACAAGUUUGAUUCCACGCUUGCAUGAAAGAGGAAUCAAAUUUGACGUCUUAAACCAUUCAUAGGCUGCACGAAACUCCAGGCAAUUAUGUGUAGAAAUGUAUUCCCAUAUACAGGUUUAAUUGUUGUCAACAUUUGUACACUGUAAAUUUGAUUCAUUGUGUUUGUUUAAUUACAUUGAAUCGGGUAUUACAAUUGAAUCGGGUAUUACAAUUGAAUCGGGUAUUACAAUUGAAUCGGGUAUUACAAUUGAAUAUAUCUUACAUGCUAA